CGCGCGUACGCACGUAGACCGCCGAUGAAGUGCUUUUUGCUGCCGGCAGUAGAGUCAAGUGCUGUCCCCGUGCAUGCGCCUGUCGUUGGUCUCCUAACCCCUUAGACAGCAAAUAUUGUCUGGAUAAAAUAAAUCCUGGUGGUGACUGGACAUCUAAAGAAAAAGAAAGGCGUGAAAACGGGACAUCUGUCCAAGCAGUAAAGAAACAGCGGGGCACGCAGACUGGGAGUGAGUGACAAGAUGGCAGAUGCAGACUUGGACUUCCAGACUGGCGAUGCAGGUGCUUCUGUCACUUUCCCUGUGCAGUGCUCUGCCCUCCGCAAAAAUGGCUUUGUAGUUCUUAAGGGUCGUCCCUGUAAGAUUGUUGAGAUGUCCACUUCUAAAACUGGCAAGCAUGGUCAUGCUAAGGUACACCUUGUUGGAAUUGAUAUAUUCACUGGAAAAAAAUAUGAAGAUAUUUGUCCCUCAACCCAUAACAUGGAUGUACCUAAUAUCAAGAGAAAUGACUAUCAGCUGAUUGGCAUCCAGGAUGGUUACUUGUCUCUACUUCAAGACAGUGGAGAAGUGCGUGAAGAUCUUAAGCUGCCUGAGGGGGAACUGGGAAAAGAAAUGGAAGGCAAAUUUGAAGCUGGAGAAGAGAUUUUGAUCACUGUUCUCUCUGCUAUGAAUGAAGAAGCAGCCGUUGCAAUCAAGGCUAUGGCAAAAUAAAUCUUGCAGGGAUCGACCAAGAAAUGAGUGGACCUGAAUGAGAAGACAAUACUCUAAAGCAGCAAUCUCUCAUUCUUUGUUAGUCCUGCACAUGUGCACCUUUUGGGUGACAAAAUUAUAUAACAAACACUUGCACACCAAGGAAGUGCAAAUACUUUAUCUUAUUCAUUUGCAACAAAUUGAAGAAUCAAUGGGAAGAAUUGGCCGAGAAAAAUGGAAACCACCAUGUUGGCUGCAGCAAUGUCUAUGUUUAGCAAUCUUUGCAGAACACUGCUGAAGCCAUAAUGGUGAAAAUAUUUGCUAGAGUUUUCUUUCAGAUGCAGCUUUUAAUAUCUAACAAUUUCCGCUGCUUUAUUAAUUGUUUAAAUACAAAAGAGUGAAGAUUCUGGCUGCUAAAAGAAGAAUUAAAACAUCAGGACUCUGAAUUUGGUUAACCCAGUAUAGCAAGAAGUUAUAAAAGUAGCAUUACUUUUAAUGCAGUUUUGUUUCCUUUAUUUUUAAAGCAGCUAGUGCAGGGUGAUCUAUUUUUUUAAAAGAUCAAUCUAUAUUAUUCAGGUCUUUUGCUUAGAUUAAGGGGAAGAAUAAAGAUUUCAUUGACUGCCAUGGACUACUGAGACCAGACAUUAAAGCUUUUAAACAUCACCCCUUAUUUAUUGAAAUAAAAGAAGAUUAAAGUCAUUGGUAUAUGACUGACACUUUGGCCUAACAUUACCUUUAACGUAAUCAGGAUGUUUCAUAGAGAGCUGAUCAGCCACACAGACCUCCUUCCUUUCCUCUCUCCAAUUAUGGAACAACUGAUGGUACCUGUACAUCAUUUAGCCAAGAUAGAUUACACUGAUUUUUAUUUAUUUUUUUCCAGACUGUUUCAAGCUGAAUUCUCACUUUAUCUUCCUGGCACAUACCCAUUCUGAAAGUUUAGAGUUUAACAACAGUGUCUCACUCUCGGCUUAAUCUGACUUUCAGUGUUUACAUUAGUCACUGGUAGUAGCUUUUGUAAGAGACUUGAAUGCUUUGUGCUCACUGUAUGCAAGUAUUGAUAAUGAUAAAAGAGAGCAUACCAAGCUGAAAUAUUAUACGUAUAUAUACAGUAUAUGUGUGUAUGUAGUAAAAUAGCCAUCAAUCAGUAACCUCAUACAAUAAAAAAUAUUCAGAAAAAUUGUGAUGACCAUUGUAUUUUUACAUGUAGUGCAUCAUGCAUGUUCCUUCUCGAGAGUUGCAUUAGGCUUAUGUGUAUUCUAUAUAUCAUCUGAGUAAUAUAUUCUUGUGAUCAACAGUUUUAAAGAUUUAAAGUCUGUUUACACAGUAAAGCACUGCCGGACAUCAAAAAUUCACAUUGCAUUAAAAACAAAUUCCUCCAUAUAUUUUGACACUAACUGUGCUCCGAUAUAUAGCCCAAAUUGAGUAUGUGGGCUGUGGAUGGAGUUGGGCUCUUGCAUACUCCACACAUGUGCCUCACGAUACAUAAUAUCACAGAUCACUUUCUCUAAAACAAGCAGGAAUAUAUAAUUGUAGGUUACAGCCCUGUAAUAGUCUUUUGAGUCUACAAUAUGUCUCCACUAAGUCAGAUCUGACCCAAAUGCUUAGAAGUCGCUGUUAAUAAAAGGCUAACUUCUAUUUUGCAUUGAAAGAUUUCGGUACUUCUCAUCUAAGCAUAUUUGAUUUUAUUUGAUUGGUCAGCCAAGUGUAUCUGUACAUAAAACAUGCACAGAAGAACAGUGCAAGCAGGUGUCUGAGCAUAAUAUGAAUUAUCCAGGAUAAUAUAAAGCACUGGGCUGAUAACAUCAGCUUCUGAUACUAAAACAAAGGUGCCUAGUGUAUGCACUAAUGUACAACUGCUAGGCCUUUUGGAAAUUAUGCAAGACUUGUUAAUUAAAAAAUUAUCAAUAGCUCCAAUGGUUUUACUGAAAGCAAAAUGUUUUCUGGAGAUGUGUUCUUCUUUUGGUAUUCUCAUGUUUAAUCUGGGAUUGAAUUAAACUACCUUGGAAAUGGACAUAGAGGGAGGGCCCAGUCCUUUCACAUCAAGGGCGGUGUUGCACAUUACAGGUGCAAGACAUGGCUAGUAAGACUUAAAUAUCAGAAAAACCAGGGGCAUUACAGGGGGUACCGGAAAUAACUAAGCAUAUACAGGCAUCUGUAAUCUUGUCAGGAUUUUAGCAAACCCUGGAAUUCACUAAACUAGUGAUUUCAGAAAUAUAUUUAAUUUCAAUAACUGGUCUUAUUUAUGCAAUGCUCUUAAAUGGUGCUUUUCACAUUUUUAAAUAUUACUAAGGUACUAUACCCGCAAGUGUUUUAUCGUCACACCUUAUAGGAAACUGUAUAUUUUUCACUAUCUGUAACAAUUUUUUUUAGCUAAUAGGUGAUGUGCCAUGCCACUCAGUAAUCUGAAGGACUGCUUUUCCAGUAAACCUGAAAAUUUUCUCUUAAUAUACAACUCUUAAUUUAACAUGAAAUGAAUAAUUAAAUUUAUACUUGAUUAGGCCUUUAUGAAACACCCUGUAUGAUCAGCAAGACAAACAGCUAUUAAUAUUUUUACAUGGAAGAAGCCAAUCAAUAUAGUGUACAUUAAAUUGGUUGUUUUGUUUAAGGGUCUACAUUUCAAUUUUGGUUUGGGGGUGGGGGUUAUGAGCAGCGUACAAUGUGUAAGUUGAUGAAAACUUUCUACUUUUGUUUGACAAAAUGACCUGUACUUCUGAAUCCCCAGACCUUAAUAAAAAAUCUCUAUGGAGACAUUA